AUGGAAGUUGAAUGUUUAGCACUGAAGGACCUCACAAGUCCAAGGAAAAGUUUCCCCAUGGAUCCUGAAGAGGAGGAGGAGGAGGAAGACGGGGGCCAAAGUGAACAAAAGGAAAACAUCUGCACAGGGAGGAGGAAAUCCACGCCGCUAAAAUCGGCAGAGUCCGCCAUCCACUCGUUGCUGAUCAACAGAAAAGGAGCCACGCCCGACCUGGCCCACAUCACCCACAUAACUCCCAUCAAACACACGGCCUUGGCCGAACCCUGGACGCCCACGGCCAAUCUGAAGAUGCUUAUCAGCGCCGCCAGUCCGGACAUGAGGGACCGAGAGAUGAAAAAAGUUCUGUUUAGGCCCAUAGAGAACGAGAAGGACAAACCUGCCAGUCCAGAUACUGUGACGGAAGAUACGGAAGUAGAAGAUUCUUGUCAGUUCGAGGCGAUGGAGGAGGAUGACGCGGAGAAGAAGCCGAGCAGGAAGCAGAAGAGUCUGGGUCUGCUGUGCCAGAAGUUCCUGGCCCUCUACCCGGAUUACCCAUCGCCACACGACACCAUCUGGAUCUCUCUGGACGAGGUGGCCACCAAUCUGGGGGUGGAGCGGCGGCGCAUCUACGACAUCGUCAACGUGCUGGAGUCGCUCAUGAUCGUGGGCCGGAUAGCCAAGAACAGUUACACCUGGUACGGCCGGCAGCGGCUGGAGGUCACGCUGGAGGAGCUGCAGCGGAGGGGCCGGCAGCAGGGCUACCACCUGCAGAUGGAGCUCUCCGCCGAGGCCAGGGGGGCCGGACCGGGCCGCGAAGACGACGGAGGGGAAGGAGAUGGCGGCCAAGCUGCCGGCAACAGAAAAGACAAGUCUCUGCGCAUCAUGAGCCAGAAGUUCGUCAUGCUGUUCCUGGUGUCCAAAACUCAGACUGUUACUCUGGACACGGCAGCAAAGAUCCUCAUAGAGGAGAGCCAGGACUCAUCCAGUCACAGCAAGUACAAAACUAAGGUGAGGCGUCUCUACGAUAUCGCCAACGUGCUGACCAGCCUGGGCCUCAUAAAGAAGGUCCACGUUCGAGAGGAGAGAGGCAGGAAGCCGGCCUUCAAAUGGCUCGGCCCAGUCGAAUUCAACAACUCUGGAAAUUCCGGGAAUACUGUGAAUGUAGCGGCCAUCCCUCCGCCCGAAGCCACGCCGCCAAUGGCAGGCCAGGACCUCAGGAAAGCUAAGCUGGCACGCCACGCCUCUUUUAACAUCACACCGACUUCUAUAGCCGUCCAACGGCAGGUCAACUCCGCCCCCAGCAGCCCACGCAGGGAGCUAAUAGGUCUGCCAAAUCACCCUGUAGAUUAUUCCAGAAAGACAACGGGCAACAGCGCAGUGUGUCGACUACAGUUUGGAAACAGCACAGAUAACCAGACCAGCCCGCUGCCUCCGUCCUCCGCACAGCCCACCCUGCUGGCACCCACCCUCUACCCAGAGAACCUCUUCUCGUCGUCCUCCUCCCCCCACUGCCUGGCCUACCUUCCCAGCCUGUCCCAGCCCUCUGUGGUCAUGCUGUACAGGGCGACGGAGACACCGGACCACAUCCCCGAAGGUCAUAGGUCGCCUACGUCUGAGUCUGAGGAGGGGAGGAAGAGACGGAGGGAAGAAAGGGAAGAGGAGGAGACGGUGGCGAAGAAGAAGGGAACUGAAUUAGAGGAAUGUGACAAGGUGAGAGACGACCCUCAGAGAGAAGCAGCACAGUGUUUACAGAGCGGUAACACCAGGACUUCACCCAGUCGCCCUGCCUUAGAUGAGGGUCUAGCCAGCGGCAGUGAGCCAGCCCAACCAUCACACUACCUCUAUGUACCCAACAAUGGUCUGAACAGCCUCAACUUCCUCCUCUCCGCCGGCCAGCAGCCAGCCGGUCUCGCCCUCCCUCAUAACAGCGUCCCCACCCUGGCUAUGCCCUACGUCCUGCUACCCUCAGCAGCCCUCUCCCAUUACCCCCUGUUGGCCAGCAGUCUCCAACAAACGGUCUCCGAUCCCAAACUCAGCUUCACCCUACCUACCAUGAUGUCCCCGGCUCACUUCAUGGUGGGGGCGGCGCCGUACGGCCUGGCGGCGGAGAUCAACAGGUCACCUGUCACAUCUCCGUCCACGCCAGAGCAAAGCAAGCUGUACGUGUCAGCGGUGGCGGCGGCACCUCAAUCUCCUUCAGGACCUCGACACACCGUCAGCAUCACCACACCUGAACCACUGACUCCACACACUCCAAAGGAGACCCCAGCGUCUGCCUCCAAGGCUUUCUUCCAGACCCCGUGCACACUGGGAGGUGUAGUCAGCGCUACACCUGCUUCCAGAAAGAGAGGCUCCGCUCAGAGGAGGCUGGACAUCGGCCACCCUCCGUCCAGUUAGACUGUGUCUGUGGAGAUGUGGCUGCAUGGCUUACACCAGCUCUGA